AUGGCCAGACCCUGGCAGGUCCCACAGAUUCUGUUAGUCAUUCUGGUGGCCCUGGUGGCCCUCACAUACCAAGCGAGGAGGAAAACCUUUAUAAGUGUCCAAGAAGUACCUGCAUCAGAAACCUAUGUGAUAGCCACCAUGCAGUUUGUGACCAAUGAGUUCAAUAAGGAAAGUGACGACAAGUACAGCUUCCGGAUUGUGCGAGUCCUGAAGGUCAAGAAGCUGGUUACUGACCACAUGGAGUAUCACUUGAACUUAGAGAUGCGGCGGACCACCUGUCAAAGACUGGAAACUGAAAACUGUACCUUUCAGGAAGGAGAGCUUUACAAGCAAAUUGAGUGCUUCUACUCAGUGUUUGUUGUUCCCUGGUUUGAAAAGUACAAAAUUUUGAACAAAAACUGCACCAAUGGCUAA